CACGCCACAGGAAUAUUUGCCUACAAGCAAACACCACUCCAAUCCUUUGUCCUGGAUCCGUGAUUGCGUGAAUAGAAAAGCAGCAACACAAUAAGCAAAGACCAAAAUUUAGUUUUUCAUUUUUUUUGGUAGAUAAUAACGUGAUUAAACGGAUAUGGCCGCCGUUGCAACCUCCGCUUACGGCAGUUGUAUUCCCGCCAAUUUCCUCCAUUCCCCGCCAAAAAUAACCAACCAGAUUUCAUCCCCGCCGCCAUUGUACAUCUCCACAAACCCAUCCCACGUAAACCCAAGCCAUCUCCAGCACCUCUACGCUCUCUGCAACCACUCCUGCCACCGCUUCCCUAACCUCGACUCGUACGGCCUCGUAGAGCUUAUAGACGUCGGCAAACUCCGAACUGCUCUGUCCAAUAGCUCCGUUGUCGUCUCAGUCUUCACGAAACCCGAAUUAGCUAAUGAUUUAUCGUCCACUGCUGAAGUCGGGACAAGAUCGAUGGGCAUUGGUGGGAAUUGGAUUCAGCGAGUGAUGCCGGUGACUCCAGAUAACGGGAAGCUUGUGGGGUUUGGACGCGCUGUUUCUGAUUUAGGGCUAACUGCUUCCAUCUAUGAUGUCAUGUGCAUUUCAGGUGAUCCCUUCACUCCAGGGUAGGGGAAUUGGGCGGAGGAUGGUACAAAGAAUUAUAAGGUUGUAAUGGGUCUAGAUAUUUUUAAGAUUCUAGGGUUCUAGGCAUUGCUUGGAAUUUGGGAAUCAUUAAGGAAAAUCUUUUGCUUAUAUUGUUUUGAAGGAGACGAAAGUUCAAUUAACAAGUAUACGCGAGGAACUGUUCAGCUUUUACCGAUUGGUAAUAUUGAGUUAAUCAGCCAAGUGUACUCACGGAUUAGUUUAAUUUGCUACCGUUAUUCAUUUUUGGCAUGUUGUAAUUGUGGUGUAGCAUCGAGGAACCAUUCUACCUAGUAUUACCUGCAGGUUUUUCUCUAUUCAUUUACCAUUUGCGGGGGGAAUGUUUCGGGUUGCUGACUGUAGAGCUAAGCACAAUGGGAAAAACAUUUGCUACAUAAUGUGCUAGUUGUUCAAAACCUUUGGUAGUCAAGCUCUGAAAGAUGUCUAAGCACUCCAAUUUUUCUUGCAGAAUGCUUACUGGCAAAGGGGUGUACGAUAUAUCCGCCCUUUGCUCUGACAAAGAGGGGUAAAGUUUUAAGUUUCAGUAAUGAUUGAUUGCUUUAUUGUUUACUCUUAUGCCUUUCUAUAAAUUAAGUAGCAACUGUUGUUUUGCAACCACCAAUCCGAUUCAUCAAUGUCUCAUAGACUUCUCAAAGCUUUUAUCAAUGUAGGCUAUUCUUUAAAGCAUGUGGAUUUGGAGAAGAUAUUCUUGGUUCCACUACAAUGAUGUAUACUGGGACAUCUAGCUGUCCUGAUGCACAUCAGAUUGCUAUAUAUGCUGGCAGAAAGCUAAUUUUAAGCCCCCCAUCAAGACAAUAGUAGAGUUUGUAAUCUCUCUUUCCAUGACCGUGCAGAUGCAGAAUGCUCUGUUCUUCAGAUAAUUGGAUUGCAAUCUACGUAGAACUUCUAUUGACUGGCCUCAAAGUUGAAGGGUUCCAUAGGCACUCUAUUCCAUUUACUGAUUUACCGCACAGCACUUUUCAGGCAGUAAGUUAAUGGAGUAGGACUUUGUGCUCCGUGUGAGCACUGGGUUAAAGUGUUUCCCUUCUUUAGACCAGCUGAAAGGGAUGUGUUGCAUAGCCAAACAAUUUCAUAUACUAUUCUAAUAGGCUUUUAAGUUGUUCAGUUAACAUGCUUUUUUUUUGUUGGAUAAAUUGCCGCAUGAGUGGGCCAUCCAUCUAUUUUUCUGCCACUUUAUGCUGUACAAACUUUCGACUUUUGUUCUGAUUCCUCUCCUCUUGGUAUGGAUUUACGAGUCAUUUGCUCGACAAAAAGGUGACGGAGAUUUAGAAAGUCGUGAUGGAUAAGGAAUUCUCUUGGCCUGUGGGUAACAUUAGUCUGGAAUGGUACAAAGUUGUUAACUUUCUCUUUUCCUUAUCAACUUGACAAGGGAAGAACUUUUCAGAAAACAGCUGCUCUUGCCGUUCUGUCUUCGUUUCACGAUUGAAUCUUGGCUGUGAUGGGAAAACUAUGGGUUGAGGCCUGCCUGAUUUCUGCUAGGGGGCUCCGGCUAACAUCUUCACUGUGGAAGCUCCAGUGGUUUGCCGUUGGGUGGAUUGAUACUAACAACAAAUACUGCACCAGGAUAGAUGCUUCGGGAAAUGCUAAUCCGGUUUGGAAAACCAAAUUCUCAACAGUGGUUGAUCCUUCUGAACCUAACUUCCAAGAUAUGGCCCUCCAUGUCGAGGUCUAUAGCAGAGAACCCAUCUUUCUUAGAGAAAGGCUCUUGGGAACGACAAUGGUGAUUCUUAAGGAAUUUCUGGAGAAGUACUUGAAGAAUUCUGAGGUUCCAAAACCGGUGGAAGAAGUAGGAAGUUUUCAGCUGAGAAAGAAGAAUACAAACAAACCUCGAGGAUUUGUCGAUAUCUCAAUCCGAAUAUCAGAACAAAGGGAAGAGUCUAGCUCAUACCGAGGUGAUGAGGAAGGAUUUAAGCUCAUGGAUAACAGCAUGGGAAUUAACUUGGAUUUUGGGCACGGACCUAUGCAUUCACAAUUUCCUGCACCCUCACCGCUGCAGCCAGGAAGUCAGCCACAGACAAGCAGCCAGUAUGCCCAUCCACUUCCAUUUCCGCGGAAUUAUUCCAAUAUACCAACUGGUCCAAGCUAUGCACCAGCCGGUGGAACAAGCUAUCAACCACCAAGAGCUCCACCCCCACCACCUCCACCCUCAAAUGUCGGCUAUAUACCUACCUUUCUACCGAGGACAGAUGAUUUGCAGCCUAGUUACGUAAACGUGCGGACGCAGUAGGGGACCUGGUGUUGGGGUGGGACUAGCUGCUGGAGCCGUGAUUUUUGGGGAUGAUUUUAUGUCAGGUUUGGAUUUUCCACGCAGUUUACAAGAUGCUAGCCUGACAAUAUCAACUGAUCCUCCUUUCUGAAAAGUGUAGAACAUAAUCUGCUGUUGUAUGGCGAGGGACAUUAUUGUUGUUUUAAAUCAUUUCAGUGUUCAACAAUUACUGCACCUGCACCCCGUAACAAACAUGGGAUAUUUGUGAUC